CGCUUUAGGAGAGCAGAAAGAGAGGAAAUGAUCUUCCCCAAAUUAAUGAGGACCACUUAGAUAAGAGUAAGGUUGUAGCUCAACUUUUGAUCUUUAGAGGGCAGUGUGGAAACGUCUGCCCUAGGUUCACAGCCUGCCAGUGAGCGUUACGUGCGGUCCUGAAACGAGGUAAUAGAGGUAUUAGUGCCCAUUACUCUGAGGUUAUACUCCUUCUUUUGGGUGUUAAAAUGUCACAACUUGUUAUAACGAUUUUUUAAAAACUGAUUUAGCUAAGCAAGACUUAGAAGAUGGCUAUUCAGUGUUGGUUCCAUAAUUUGGGGAGAAAUUCGACUAGUCCCAGGAAUCUCGAAGUCUUUGAACUACUAUUUAGGUUUCAUUUCUGGAUAAAAGAGAACUGAGUGCAUGACCUUGUUUUCCCUAAAAGACAAACAGAGCUGUUGUAGUUGCAACACAGACCUUUGUCAAAACUGGCUAGCGGAGGGGCUCUCCGCCGGGAGAAAGCCUCCCGUGGACGCGCCUGGUAUCUCAGCCGCAGGCGCGGGGCAGGGAUCUCACAGCCCAAUCUUUGUGUCCCCGAGUCCAGACGGCAGUGAGGACCCCAUUACUCACCCCGCGGGCACGAUAUGAAACAGCCUGCCCUGGCUCGAGCCCACCCGCCCUCCAGGAAGCGGGCACAGCCACUCUCAGGAGGACGAGCCGAAGCCGAAAGGUCCUUUUCUCCCGCGCGACGUCACGGCGCUGGCCCCGCCCCCCGUCGCAGCCGCCGGGCGCCGGGCGCGGGGUGGGAACGCCGCGGUGUGGACGCCUACCCGGGUUAUCAGUUUCAGGCCUCCCUAUCUUGAUCUUAGAAUCUUCCUCCUACAGGCCUGCCACAAUGCUGCUGCUGCACAGAGUUGUAGUCCCAGGGCUCCGACAGGCCUGCAGACUCAAAUCAACCCCCUCAGUGUUCUGCAUUCAGGCCUGCUCUACAAAUGAUUCGUUUCAGCCCCGGUGCCCCAGCCUCGCUGUCUCUGGUAACUCCAGCACUAGAGCAUGGAGAGUCAUGGGGACCCUAUUAGGCCUCGGUGCAGUGUUGGCCUAUCAUGACCACCGGAGCAGGGCUGCUCAGGAGUCACCACGCAUAUAUUCAAGGGAAGAAGUGAGAUCCCACAGCAGCCCUGAGACUAGGAUCUGGGUGACUUUGGGCCGUGAGGUCUUUGAUGUCACAGAAUUUGUGCACCUACACCCAGGGGGACCAUCAAAACUGAUGCUAGCAGCCGGGGGUCCUCUAGAGCCCUUCUGGGCUCUCUAUGCUGUUCACGAUCAGUCCCAUGUGCAUGAAAUACUGGCUCAGUACAAGAUUGGGGAGCUGAGCCCUGAAGACAAGGCACCCUCCACUUUAAAGACCUCUGACCCUUAUGCUGAUGAUCCUAUACGUCACCCAGCUCUGAAGGUCAACAGCCAGCGCCCCUUUAAUGCAGAGCCUCCCUCUGAGUUACUGACAGAAUCCUACAUCACACCCAACCCUAUUUUCUUCACCCGGAACCAUCUGCCUGUACCUAACCUGGACCCAGACACCUAUCGCCUGCUUGUAGUAGGGCCACCUGGGGGUCAGUCACUGUCUCUGUCUCUGGAUGAUUUGCACCAGUUCCCCAAGCAUGAGAUUACAGUUACUCUGCAGUGUGCUGGCAACCGGCGUUCUGAGAUGACUCAGUUCAAAGAGAAUCUCGCUAAGAUGGACCUAGAAGACUGCAAUGGCCGCUCCUAUAUGUCUGGUAGCGGAGACUCAUCUCUGGAGAAGGAGUUCCUCGGGCCCCCAGUGGGGCCCUCGGUGAGCACCCCCAAUAGCCAGCAUUCUUCUCCCAGCCGCUCACUCAGUGCCAACUCCAUCAAGGUAGAGAUGUACAGCGAUGAGGAGUCAAGUAGACUGCUGGGGCCAGAUGAGCGGCUUCUGGAAAAGGACGACAGUGUGAUCGUGGAAGAUGUCUUGUCAGAGCCCCUGGGCUACUGUGAUGGGAGUGGGCCAGAGCCUCACUCCCCUGGGGGCAUCCGGCUGCCCAAUGGCAAACUCAAGUGUGACGUCUGUGGCAUGGUCUGCAUUGGACCCAAUGUCCUCAUGGUGCACAAGCGCAGCCACACAGGGGAAAGGCCCUUCCACUGCAACCAGUGUGGAGCCUCCUUCACCCAGAAGGGGAACCUGCUGCGCCACAUCAAGCUGCACUCCGGGGAGAAGCCCUUCAAAUGUCCCUUCUGUAGCUACGCUUGCCGCCGGCGUGAUGCACUCACUGGCCACCUUCGCACACACUCUGUCUCCUCUCCCACGGUGGGUAAGCCCUACAAGUGUAACUACUGUGGCCGGAGCUAUAAACAGCCAAGCACCCUGGAGGAGCACAAGGAGCGGUGCCACAACUAUCUACAGAGUCUCAGCACUGAGGCCCAAGCUCUGGCUGGCCAACCAGGUGAUGAGAUCCGUGACCUGGAGAUGGUGCCAGACUCCAUGCUGCACUCAUCUUCUGAGAGGCCAACAUUCAUUGAUCGCCUGGCCAACAGCCUCACCAAACGCAAGCGUUCCACCCCGCAGAAGUUCGUAGGCGAAAAGCAGAUGCGCUUCGGCCUCUCAGACAUCCCCUAUGAUGUGAAUGCGGGUGGCUACGAGAAGGACGUAGAGUUGGUGGCCCACCAUGGCCUGGAGCCUGCCUUUGGGGGGUCUCUGGCCUUUGUCGGGGCAGAGCAUCUGCGUCCCCUCCGCCUUCCACCCACCACUUGUAUCUCAGAACUCACGCCUGUCAUCAGCUCUGUGUAUACCCAGAUGCAGCCCCUCCCUGGUCGGCUGGAGCUUCCAGGGUCUCGGGAGGCAGGUGAGGGACCCGAGGACCUCGCUGAUGGAGGUCCCCUUCUCUACCAGGCUCGAGGCCCCCUGACUGACCCUGGGGCAUCCCCAAGCAAUGGCUGCCAGGACUCCACAGAUACAGAGAGCAACCACGAAGAUCGGGUUGGAGGCAUGGUGUCCCUCCCCCAGGGCCCUCCACCCCAGCCACCUUCCACCAUGGUGGUGGGCCGGCCCAGUCCUGCCUACGCCAAAGAGGACCCCAAGCCACAGGAGGGUUUACUGCGGGGCACCCCAGGUCCCUCCAAGGAAGUGCUCCGCGUGGUGGGCGAGAGUGGAGAGCCUGUGAAGGCCUUCCGGUGCGAGCACUGCCGCAUCCUCUUCCUGGACCAUGUCAUGUUCACCAUCCACAUGGGCUGCCACGGCUUCCGAGACCCUUUCGAGUGCAACAUCUGUGGUUAUCACAGCCAGGACCGGUACGAGUUCUCCUCCCACAUUGUCCGGGGGGAGCAUAAGGUGGGCUAGCGACCUGCUGCCCUCCACUGCCCUGCCUGCAGGGGCUCAGCCCUGCCCCCCACUGCCAAUGAGCUGUGUGGCCCCCCCCCACUGGCUGCCAACCUCAUGCUCAGCCCUGGCCCCCGCUCACCUAGUCUCCUCUACCCCGACUGAUCAGACAUUGUGAGGAAACAGGCCUUUUGCUUAUGCUUCUCUUUUGUCUCUUCUCCCUUCUCAGCCCAUUCACUGAGUUAUUUAUUAAUAUAAUUCGAUUUUCUUCUGCUUUUUUUCUUUAAUUUAGACCAGUCACUUGCACCUCCUGCCCUCCUGCCCACAGUCUCCUUCCACAUUAGGCCCAGUUUCCCUCUCUUUGGUUUAGCUUUGCCCCGCAGCCCCAGGUGGGAAGCUCCCUUGAGUUCUAAGAGACCUUGAGCUUUUUGCUUUAAGUCCUCACCCUUUGCAUUAUCUGCUUCUUCAGUGUUGAAACUGAUAGCUCCCUCUGGCCAUACCUUAGCUCUGUGGCAUUAUACCUCCUCUCUGGGACCCUUCAACCUGGUACUCCAUACCUCUUGUGCCCUCUCACCUUAGGCAGCUUGCACUAUUCCUGAACAAAUGAAGAAUUUCCUCAUUUGGAAGUAAGGGCUGAGGAAAUUCUCCCCAGGCACCGUGGGACUGAGGGUCCUCUUGACAGCCCCCUAGUAAUCUGAGUUCCCCAAAGCCCACAUUCAGGACCUCCCUCUAGGAUGUGGUAUAUUUAUCCUCGAACAAUCCCCAGCGCUGCUGUACUCUUGUACACCUGCCGGUCUACUCAGUGGUAGUUUUGUUCUCCUUGGAGUGCCCCAAUUUUAUACUCUCAGGGGCCGAGGCUAGGUCUGCGGUCCUCUGACUCUGACACAUUGGGAGCCACAGGUGCCUAACUGGGAACCAGGGCAUGGGAAGGGGGUGAGUUAAAAUUCUUCUCCUUUUCCACCUCUUAAACUUCUUCACUCUAGUGACCUUCCUAGGUUGUCAGGGCCCCUGGGGUCCUCGUCCUUUGAGAAACUAGUGGGUUGCUGCCUGAUGACAAGGGGCAUCUCAACCCCAGUCAUGCUGCCUUCUCCUCCCCCUCAGCAGGAUUCACCCUCUCAUUCUCAGUCUUCUGGGCCCUGUUCUUAGGAUCAGUGUCUCUUUUCUCUCUUCUGAUUUUCAUAUAACCAAAAAUUAUCCCAGGAUGGGCAAGGACAUGUGCCCCUCACCCUAUUCCACUCUUGUCCCAGCAAGAAUAGGAUGGGCGCAGCUGGACUAGGGGUCAUCCUUUACCCCCUUCUACAGUCAGCUCCCAGAUGUGGGGCAGGAAGAGGCAGUCUCCUCCCGGCUACUGCGGAGACCCCUGGCUGCUUAGGUAACCUGGUCAGUGAGAAAGAGGCAGGAGGAGACUUGCUCCCCUGCAAGUGGAGGGCUCUUUCUACAGGAGUUUCCUGCCCAAGGCCUCAGCUAUCCCAUUCUCUGCUUCCUUGAGAUUCAAACCAAAGGCUGUUUUUCUAUAUUUAAAAAAAAAAAGUGAAAACCAAACACAGCACCUCAUAAGUUGUAACACUUGGUCCUUCUCUCUCCCCUUCCCUCUUUCUUUCCAUGUUGUCCUGUCCUGAUUGGCUCUCUUGCCUCCCACUUAUCUCACUCCCUAUCAGGGAUAAUUUAGGGGGAUGGUAAAGGGUUGGCUAAGGAACAGACCCUGGGUUCAGGGCUCCUAAGAGCUCUAAGAGGAGUUUACCUUACCCCCUUAUGGGAAGGGGGACCCUAAAAAACACUUCUCUUCCUCCUUUUUCUCGCCCAUUACGUGUGGUCUCCUCAGGAGAACCAGCCUGUCAUGAAGGGACACUAUGUUCCUCCUUGUCAAUGUAGCAAUAAACAGAUGCUGCCAAGGGCAGAGGAUGUGGACUUAGCUGGGAGGAGAGCAUCUCUAGUGGAGGGAAGAGUCUUUUCAAAGCACCCCAGGGAACUGGCUCCUUGUUUCAGGAUGGCAGCAGAGCUGAGAUUAAUAUCUUGGGUUCUCCUCUACUGUUCUGGUUAUUGAGCCAUUUCCCAUUGAACCCACCCAUACCUCUUCUGUGUCUGCUGUUGUGUUUGGUGACACCUCAUAAGGACUACUCCUUUCUGCGGUAUCAGAGCCUUAGGAUGACCCAUCCCUCCUCGAGUCAGCUUUGGCACCUGUAACCUCCUGGAAUGUGAAGGACUAUGCUCUGAGGCUAUACUCUGAGCCCAUGAAAGCAGAGACUGGAAGGGCAAGACCAGGUGCUAAGGAGGGUAGAGAAGGGCACUCUGGCUCUCUCCAGACCAUCACUGCACUUUAACCAGGGUCUUAGGUACAAAAUCCUAUUCCAGAGUCUUCCAGCUCUGGAACCUCGAACAUCCUCAUGCUCUCUCCCAGCUCCUUUUGCAUAAAAAUAAAA